AUGGUUUUGGAGGGCCCUGGUAUGCGUACAAAUGUCCCAAGGCUGUUGGAAAUCUUAUCUCAUAAAGUUUUCGCCGAAAGACAGGAGGAUGUGUUUACAUCCUUUCUGUCUGAGCAUAUGACGGUCUCAUCGAAACAGGAGAAGCCGAAAGAUAAAUCACCAGUAGUAGAAGAAGUAGCGAUAUGCGCUCCUAUGGCGGGUGUCGUAUGUGAUGUUAAAGUUAAAGUUGGUGAUAAGGUUGGAGAUGAGGACGUAGUAGUGGUGUUAGAAAGUAUGAAAACUCAGACUGAGAUAGCUGCACCUUCUAAAGGGGAGGUUGUCAGUGUACAAGUGAAUAAAGGAGAUCAAGUCGGGGAAGACCAGACGCUUGUCACGAUCACUGCUGCCAUUACUGCUGGUACACAGCAAUCCCAAGUGGAUGAGGAGGGGGAGUCCUUUGAGUCACACCCAGUGCCACAAGCUGUCGCUAUUGGUACCAAGUAG